CAGAAAUUGGUUCACGCCUCUUUCAGUUCAGGUUCGACACUGUACGUUUUCCCUACUACUUGAUAGAUACGGUGGUCUCUCAGUGUGAAUGCUCCCGGUCUGUGUAGUUUCGUAGAACCACGGACGCUCUACUUCGACUUACGAAAACCGUCCGUUUAAACUUGUUUGGAUGUCAUCGACAUCACAUGGCUUUCGCUUGCCGUCGCCAUCGCAAGCGAACAUUUAUUUCUGUGUGGGCUCUUGUGUUUGUUGACCAUACCUAAUGAAGGUGUUGUGACCACGUCCUUUAUCUUAUCCUGUAAUACUCGCCACGAUUACGACACCAAAACACAUCAUGGACACAAAGGAUCUGCAGGCCACCAGCAGCCCGGACGGCUUGAUGGAAUCCCUGCCCCUACACCGUCGCCACGAACAAGGUGCUGCAAACUCUGCGGCGGCUGGAGAAAAAUCUUGCUGGCUUUCCGUAAUCCUAGAAGACAAGGGAACUACACCAUCUCGCGGCGUGCAGCUUGGGGGAGAAAGCUGCGAAGGCGAAAGGGAAACAAUAGCUCUCCAGGUACUGAAAUGGACGAGCACAGAUCCGGUUGUCGAUGCAACUCCUUCUGCACGACAGAUUAGCUGCAACUCGACUACCUCACCCUGCAGGAAGCGCACCAUGCUCAACGAGCGGUCUUCGUCGUCGACGAGGAGGUUACCGGAGGCCUGCUCUGCUGGCGGCAGUUGUGCUGGGACAUCUGCGCGUGGGGACGAGUUCUCCGCUGUUGGUACACUUGACGACAUGACGACGCAGACCGUUGAUCAAAUGAGCGGACUCGGCGUGUGGGAGUGCAGUGUCGACUUGGCGAACUACUUGCUGGAUAAGAAGCUUGUUGCUGCGAGUGGUUCAUGCGCCUUUGUUCCAAGAAGGAUAAACAACUACGCCGUCCUCGAGCUUGGUUGCGGACAUGCAUUGCCCACUAUGGCCCUGCUACAUCAGUUUGAGAGUAGCAGCAGGGCGGAGAACAGGACGUCACCAGUUGGGUGCACCGGGGGAAAGGCUCCUGAACCGUCGUUAUCCACCGAAACAAGGAGCUUGCAGCAGGGAACAAGCUCAAUGGAGUGCUUUCUCCAUGACUACGACCGUAGAACGCUCGAAGAGGUGACGAAAAGAAAUCUGCUGAGAAACGCCGAAGCUCUUGGAUUGUUCAGGAAGUCCGAGCAGGGAUCCGAGUCCUGUGCACUGAGACCUGCCACGCCCAAGAUUCGGUUUCUAGCCGGAGAUUGGAGCACGCUCUCGGCGAACGAAAUUUUACAGGUGGUACAAGAAGGACGCACAGCAGGCCAGGAACGAAAAUUAUUCAAAUUUGAGCCACACGGCAGGAAGGCGGUGUUGGAAGAGUGGGGCCCCGUGCGAGCACUGCGUGCGGUAUAUGGAUCGCGGGAGAGCGGACAAAAACAAGAAGCGGCAGAUCGAGAGGAGGAAAUUUUGCAGCAAAAAUCAUUGCGAGAUGAGACCGAGACAUCCGAAUCUUUUGACAGCGGCUUUGGCGCGCACUCCUCGGAAGAAGGAGAGGAACCCGAUGGGGAUGCGGCUGGGUCAUCAGGCGUCGAUGCAGCAGGUGCCAUUCCGCAACAAUCCGGCGAAGCUGACCAUCAAAAGGCAGAUGGCAGUAAUGAAGACAGUGCUGAGUUGGAAGGAGAAGAAGGGUCUGACUCUGACUCACAGGAGAAGAGCCUCGAUUCCGAAGAGCAAUCUGAUUCACAGGACGAUGACGACAGUGCGGAUGAAGAUCCACCGCUGGAAUUGUUUUUUGACGAGCAAGAGGAUCCUACCGGCCAUAAUCUGAAGCAGUUCGACCUCAUCUUGUGUUCCGAGGGAAUUUACAAGGAAGAAUCCUUUCAGGCACUAUUUGACGUACUCGAGAAUCACUUGAAACUGGACGACUCUACUGAGCCUGCUUCCUUGGUCGGCGCGGCCCCUUCAACGACCCACUCUUCAGACGGCCAAGAAAACCUCCCGCGUUCUGUGGCACUUUUUUCUGGCAAGCGCUACUACUUUGGUUGCGGCGGCGGCACGCAGGCCUUUCGCACCUUCCUGCUGCAGAAAAACAAAGAGAAAGAGGCAAAAAAGGCCUGCUCUGGUGGACCAUGGCGCUACGAAGUUUCCGUUGUGAAAAAGUUCAAAGACAAGAAGUCAAAUUUACGGGAGAUUCUCGCUGUCACGAAGAGAAAGGUUUCGUGACGAGCGAUUGGAAAACACGGAUGCAGCUGGUGGUAGAGCUUUUCUGUUUAGAAAAACUGCUUUAGCACUUUCUGGAUCCUACUCACUCUUCAGCGACAGUGUGAUCAUUCAUCAUAUUUUCUCAAACGACUUUCUCUGACUAUGUGACCGCGACAGAAGAAAAUCGAUUAAGCAGCAGGGCCUGGGAGUUUUUCUGGAUAA